AUGGACGGCGCCGAGGGCAAGACACGCCACAGGGGCGUCUUCUGGGACGGGAAGAACCACCGCUGGCGCGCCCAGGUGGGCUACAAGAACAAGAAGAUAUUUCUGGGAUACUACCACAACCCGGACGAGGCGGCUGUGGCCUACGAUCGGAAGGUGGUGGAGCUGCACGGCACGCUGGCCAAGACCAACUAUCCCAUAGAGGAGUACCUCUCAGAAAUUGUUCUGACGGCCGGCGAGCGCCGCACCCCGCGCCCGCGCGCACCGGGCGGCGCGCAGCGCCGCCCGGGCGGCGGCAGCGCGGCGGCGGGCGCCAAGCGCAAGGCGGGAGAGGUCAGCCAAGACUGUGACGACGCCGGCACUGGCGCCCGCAUCGACGCACGACUGCAGGUGCUCGCCGCGCCCCCAGACCUGUUCAUCGCCGCGCCCACCACCCACUUUGCGCCCACCGGCGCGGCCGCGGGCCUCCACCAGCCGCACACGGCGCCGCAGCCGCUGCAGCAGCAGCAGCCGCACCAGCACCAGCAGCACGUCUAUAUGUCAGCGGCGAGCGGGUUCACGACAGAGGGCGCUGGGGAAUACUGCGGCACACCAACCACGGGCGCGUACAGCAGCUUUGCGCUCAACCCCUCUUUUGCACGGGUCGUGCAGACACUGCAAACGCAGCAGGCGCAGGCGCAGCCGCAGCCGCAGCCGCAGCCGCAGCCGCAGCCGCAGGGUCACCAGCAGCAGGCGCCGCAGGCGAUGAUGCUGAUGCACCCGCAGCAGCAGCAGCAGCAGCAGCAGCAGCAGCAGCAGCAGCAGCAGCAGCCUGACGCGUGCCCGUGGCAGCAGAGCGCACACGCGGGGCCCCAGCAGCAGGUGUGGGCACCCGCACAGCAGGGCUGGCAGCAGCAGCUGCCCGGCGCAGAGCAGUUGAGAGCGCUAACCAUGCCCGGCACAGUGGUCACGACCUGGCAGCAGCAGCAGCAGCACCAGCAGCAGCAGCAGCAGCAGCAGCAGCCCUCGACGCCGGGCACACCGCUGACGCCGACGCAGCUUGGGGUGCAACAGCCGCAGCGCAUGGCAACCGUUUUUAUGCAGAGCGUGCAAAACGCGGCUGGCGGCUCAUCGUCCCCUAUGGCUGGGACGACAGUCUACCAGGUGGCGUGGCCCGAACAGCCUCAGCACGCCGCGACCUGGCAGCAGCAGCAGCCGCUGCUGCUGCAGCAGCAGCAGCAGCAGCAGCAGGUGCCUCAGCAGCACUUGCCCCAGCAGCAGUCACACAUGCCGCUGCCCGUGUGGCAGCAGGUCUGGCAGCAGGGGCGCCAGCAGCAGCAGCAGCAGCAGCAGCAGCAGCAGCCGCAGCAAGCGCAGCAGGGGCAGCAGCAGCAGCAACAGCAGCAGCAGCAGCAGCAGCAGCAGCAGCAGCAAGCACACCAGGGGCAGCCACAGGCACAGCAGCUGGUGUUGGCCGCCGCGCAGCUGCCGGUCACAGGGCCCUGCUACAGCCAACCAUCUGUGACCAGCUGCUUGCCUGUCUCGCACAUGCAGCAGCUGGCGGCGGCUAUCGGUGCUGUUGGCGCCGGCCCGGCAUGCGGCGGCAUGCAGCAGCAACAGCAGCAGUGGCAGCUGGGGGCGCUCGAGCCGCAGCUGCAACAGCAGGCGCCUGUGCUGGCGGUGCGUCCUUUGCAGCCGUCUCCUGCGCAUCAGCAUUUCGAGCAGCCGGUUGGCACCUGCCACACCCAACAGCAGCAGCAGCUGCAGCAGCAGCAGCAGCAGCAGCAGCAGCAGCAGCAACAGCAAGCAGAUGAUCCCCAGGAUCUCCUGCACCAGGUCCUGGUCUCGGCUGGCGUGAUAACGCCAGAUCAGAUCCAGGGCAUGCUUCCUGGAUCCCUGGCAGAGCUCGUCAAACAAGCCCUCAUGCGUGUCGGCACCACCACCAACGACGCCGCGCCUGCCCCUGCGGCCCCGCCGCCUGCGCCCGCACCUGCAGCCCCUUCGCCUGCCGGCCCGCCGAGCGCCGGCCUGUCGCCCGGCGCGGGCGCGCCGGCGCACUCGGCGGCUGGGCCCAGCGCGGCGGCGGCCGCGGCGGCGCAGCAGCAGCAGCAGCAGCAGCAGCAGUGCGGCGGCGACACCAUCAGCCGCUGGAGCUCGGCUGCCAGCUGUGACAUCACCACUGAGCAGCUGGUCGGCCAGCUGGGAGCCGCCGCCGGCGGCACGCAGCAGCAGCAGCAGCAGCAUCGGCAGCAGCAGCAGAUGGACCCACGCCCGCAGCCGCAGGGGAUGGGCGCGGCGGCGGGCGACGCCGUGGCCGGCGGCAUGCGGCUGCAGCCCCUGGGCCGACCGGACGCGCCGCUACAGCGGCUGGCGGCGCAGAACUCGCCGCAGCCGGCCGCCCAGCAGGGCUGA